AUGGACACUCUAUACUCAAAUGCCAUGAACAACAACUACAUCAACACCUACAACCACCAUUCGGUUCAACCCCCCCAAAACCGGCGCAACGUUGAUCCCACAACAGUGGGGGCCGGUUCAGACAAACCGGACCAUUAUGACUCCGUCCUCAAGUACCUGAACCAAAUGCUCAUGGAAGAAGACGACUUACAAGAAAAGCCAUGUAUGUACAACGAGUGUUUAGCCCUACAAGUCGAAGCAGCUGAAAAGUCAUUGUACGACAUCCUAGUUAACAAGAACCCCGAAGAACAACAACCGUUUGACACGUACCAGUAUUGCGCGGAGAGCCCACCGGAAUAUUCCACCGGAACUACAAGCAGUGACGACAGCAGUAGUAAUUUCAGUCAUCUUACCAGAAAGAGAAGCCCGGUUCAAGAAGAAGAACGAGAAGCUAAACUUGCAACCAUUUCAGAGCUGGAAACCGAUCAACCCGAAGAAGAUUUGCUGUUAUAUGAUCCCGAUCCUCAACGGAUCGAGUUAGGUAAAAAGAGGAAUGAGUUCUCAAAAAGAGGAAGACCACGAGGGAAGAAAAACACAAACAAUCAAGAAAUCGUGGUCGAUUUACGGGAUUUGCUAACUCAAUGUGCACAAGCGAUUACAAACAACAAUUCUAAUUCUAUCUAUGGAGUGUUGAGAAAACUCAAACAGCAUUGUAAUCCAAACGGAGAUGCCACCGAGAGACUCGCGUAUUAUUUCGUAAACGCGAUCGAGGCCCGCUUAGCUGGCAACGGGGCCGAGCUUUACCGGGCGGCUAACCUUAAAAAAAUAUCGGCGGUUCAGAUCUUACGGGCUUACCAUUCUUACAUGGUUGCAUGCCCAUUUCACCGAAUGUCAAAUAUUUUCGCCAACGGGUCAAUCGAGAAGCUAUCAAGAGGGAAAGAUAAGCUUCACAUUAUAGAUUUUGGAAUCUUAUACGGGUUUCAAUGGCCAUGUUUUAUAAAAAAACUGUCUAUGCGACCCGGUGGCCCGCCUGUGCUCCAAAUCACGGGUAUUGACCUUCCGCAACCCGGGUUCCGACCCGGGGAGCGGGUUGCGGAAACGGGUCGCCGUCUUGCAAAAUUCUGCAAGAGGUUCAACGUCCCAUUUGAAUUCCACGGGAUUGCAAAGAAAUGGGACGAGAUUGGAAUCGAGGACUUGAAGAUCGAUAGAAAUGUGUUGACAGUUGUUAACUCGGUUAACAGGUUACGGAAUAUUCUAGACGAGACAGUUGUUGAGAAUAGCCCGAGGGACGCGGUGUUGCGGUUGAUACGAGAGAUCAAUCCGGACAUGUUUGUUCUCGGGAUUCUCAAUGGGACCCACAAUGCACCUUUUUUGUUGAACCGGUUUCGAGAGGCGUUGUUUCAUUUCUCGACUUUGUUCGACAUGUUUGACCAGACAUCGGAUAGAGAGAGUGUAGAUAGGCUUUGUUAUGAGCAGGAGGUGUAUGGGCGGGAGGUGAUGAAUGUGGUGGCGUGUGAGGGAACAACGAGGGUGGAGAGGCCGGAGACUUAUAAGCAGUGGCAGUCGAGGAAUGUCAGGGCGGGAUUCCGGCAGGUGGGAUUGUUCAGGGAGAAGGUGGAGGAGGUGAAGAGUAAAGUAAGGUUGGAGUAUCAUAAGGAUUUUCUUGUGGAUGAAGAUGGGAAAUGGAUGUUGCAAGGAUGGAAAGGGAGAGUUCUUUAUGCUUGUUCUUUGUGGAAACCUGCUUAA